AUGCUAAAAGCAGUCUACGGUGGUGGUGGAAAAGGAAUGCGAAUCGCGUGGAAUGCCCAAGAAUUCGCCGAAAAACUCGCCUCAGCCCGUUCCGAAGCAAUGAAAUCAUUCGGCAACGACGAAAUGCUCGUCGAAAAAUUCGUCGAAAAACCGCGCCACGUGGAAGUGCAAGUUUUCGGCGAUCAUCACGGAAACUACGUGCAUUUAUGGGAAAGAGAUUGCUCAGUUCAACGAAGACAUCAGAAAAUCAUUGAAGAAGCUCCCGCACCAAAUAUGACACAUGAGAAUCGAUUGAAAUUGGGAGAAUCUGCGAAAAGAGCUGCGGCUGCUGUUGGAUAUGUUGGAGCUGGAACUGUUGAAUUUAUCAUGGAUCCGAAAGGCGAAUUCUAUUUUAUGGAAAUGAAUACGAGAUUGCAAGUUGAACAUCCGGUGACUGAAGCCAUUACUGGAACUGAUUUAGUUGAAUGGCAAUUGAGAGUGGCACAAGGGGAGAGACUUCCACUAACUCAGGAACAAAUCCCGCUAAAGGGACAUAGUUUUGAAUGUCGGGUUUAUGCGGAGGAAACCAAGGAUGGAGCAUUUAUGCCGACUGCCGGCAAAUUGAAUUAUGUUGAUUUUCCGAGUGAAGAAGCGAGAAUUGAUACAGGAGUUGUGUCGGGAGAUGAGGUUUCGAUUCAUUAUGAUCCAAUGAUUGCUAAGGUAACGGUUUUACGGGGGGAAAUAUUUGAAAAAGUUUUUGGCGAGAAAAUUUUUAGAAUAUCUUAUGAGAAUCAAACUUUUCCCAAAUUUUUCGAGUUUAAUAUGAGCAAUAAUUCGAAAAAAAAUUAAAAUUAAAAUUGAAAUUCAUUAAAAAUCAUAUUGGCGAAACCUCAAUCCUUUGAGAAUGAUAAAAAAUUGAUUCUCGAAAACUCCUAAAAUUCUCCCUCGAAGCAAUAUAAGAUAAUGAUAAAAUAGUGGGUGAUAAAUGAUGUAAAAACGAAUAGGGAAAAUAUAAAAGACCUAUUUCAUCCGAUUCAAAACAUGAAUUCAACAAAUUAAUUGUCAUAAUUAAAAUAUGAUAGAAUGAAAGUGGAAAAUAUUGAUAGACAUAGAAUUUUUCGAUAUUCUCAUCUAUAUUUUGAUCUAUUAAAAUACUAUAGAUGUAUUGAUAAACUACACUUGAAAAUAUUGAAAUUAAUAAUAAAAUUAAAUAUUGGAGUUGAGUGAGCCAUAAAAAUUUAGCACAUUUUGGACAUGGAAUAUCAAUCUCACAAUUUUCGAACUUGAAAAUCACCAAUAUCAAUCCUAGUGUCCAAAUCAGAAAAAUCAGCGAUUUUUGCUUGAAAAACCUGGGAUUUUUGGAGUUUAAUAUGAGCAAUUUUUCGAUGGCUAUUAGAAAUGUGAAAGUUGAGGUGAUGAAACCGGAAAUAUCGAAAAUUGCGAAAUAAUAGGUGUAGAGAAAGAUGAGGUAGACAAAUGCGAGAAUUCCAUCGCCUUCGUCGAGUUUUAGAAAUCUGGAAAUUUAUGGCUGAAAAUUUCGAUUUUUAGACUGGAAAUCCUGCUACAAAUUUGUUGGAUUUAUCAUCAAAAUUGGAAAAUUCCAAAAAUUUGUAAUAGGUCAGAAAAUCUGUGUGGCAGUUGCAAAAAAUGGGCGUGGUUCGACUAAUUAACUCACAAAUCAUUAAUUGUCCAAGUGCAAUUAAAAAUCAAUAAACACAGACAAAUGUAGUAAAUAUGUUUAAAUUUGAAAUCGAUCGAAGUUUGUUUUCGGAAUUUAUAGAUUCCCAAAAACAAAAAUGAAAUUAUUGAGAAGAUAUCACAAAAUAAAGUGAUUUUUUGGAAAAAGUCCAUAAAACUAGAGUUGUUUUUUGGCGAAAAGUUUUUGAAAAUGUUGGAUUUUCAGCUGUUUUCAUGAGCUAUGACGUACAUUUUGCCGGGCAAAAAAACAAUGCACAGUUUUUCUGUUGAAUUUAUAAAGCCGCCCCAUUUUUGCAAGUCUGACAUAGUUUUUUUUUUCAAAAAAUCUGGCAAAAGUUCUCAAAACCCUGAUCUAGCCUGAAAUCUCAUCCUUAACAUUUUCAGGUCGUAGUUUGGGCUGAAAAUCGUGAAGCGGCAGCCGCGAAACUCAACUCUGCCCUGGCGAAAACUCGAAUCUCGGGCCUCCCAACAAACAUUGGAUUCGUGCGAAAAGUUUUGGAUCACCCAGAAUUCCAAGCUGGAAAUGUCUACACCGAUUUCAUUCCCGAUUAUCAUGACCAACUUUUUGCCAAAACCGAAAAACCCGCUGAAAUUCUGAUCGAAGCUGGAAUCGGACACGUUUUGAAGGGAUUUUUGAGACAAACUCAACCAGAAAAUGGAGUUUUCCAGAGUUUGCCGUUUUUCAGAGCCAAUUUACAAACUGUUUAUAGUUAUCAGAUUGGUGAGGAUUUUUUUCAGGGAAAAAAAAUGAAAAAAUUUGAUUUUUUCAGAAGGAACUGAUGUCAAAGUUCAAUUCAUCAAUGAAAAUCGAGUGAAUGUUAGUUAUGCUAACUCGAGUUUUGAAGUUUUGCUAAAUGAUUUGGAGAAAAUUGGAAAAAAUGAGAUCAAAUUCACAUUGGAAGCAAAUGGAAGAAGAUGGAGUGUGAAGGCGAAGGAUUUGAACAAUUCGCUGAUUGUAAGGAUUCUCGAAAUUUCAGAAUUUUCUGAAAAUGAAGUCAGGCUAAUUAUGUUCAGAAUUUCAAGCUCUUCAAAAUGAACCUGAACAUGAAAACAAAAGUUUCAUGAAAUCCGAUAUUUUGAGCCAGAUUUUCAGAAAGUUCCUGAACUUUCGAAAAAUCAAGUUUAGGCUUAUUUUGAAGAGCUUGAAAUUCUGAACAAAAUGAGUCCAAACUUGAAUUCGAAAAAAAUCUGAAAAGUUCAGAAAAUCAGGGUUUUCUAGCCCAAUUUUAAGAGUUAUUAAAAUUUUUCGAAAAAUCAAGUUCGGGCUCAUUUUGUUCAGAAUUUCAAGCUCAACAAAAUGAGCCUAAACUUGAACUCGGGCAAAAUCUGAAAGUUGCAGAAAAUCAGGGUUUUCUAGCCCAAUUUCCAGAGUUAUUAAAAUUUAUCGAAAAUCUAGUUCGGGCUCAUUUUGCACAGAAUUUCAAGCUCAACAAAAAGUUCCUAUUUUUCGGGUCAAAAAUUGGUUCCACGCGGCAAAAGCCCUCAAAAAUCAAUGUUUUUUUUGCAGAUCACCGGAUUCGGUUCUCAAGAAUACGACACUCCAGCCGCUCACACAGCAUUCGGUGAUUUAUCCGGAGCUGCCACCAAUUCCUCAGCCAUCGCACCAAUGCCUGGAAUUAUUGAGAAGGUUCUGGUGAAACCUGGAGAUGCGGUAACUUCUGGACAAGCCUUGGUUGUUAUGACUGCGAUGAAAAUGGAAUAUAUUAUUCGGGCACCGGAGGAUUCGAAAAUUGAAGCGAUCAAAUGCCAGCCUGGCAAAAAUGUGCCGAAAAAAUGCGGUUUUGGUGCAAUUUGA